UUUCUCGAGAAAACACUUUUUCGCGUAUUUGCAAUUCGAAAAUGUUCCCUUAUGUAAAUUUUUAUCACUUGCAAACGAAUGAUCUUAUUACAAAUAUUAAACAACUUCACUUCUUCACCAAUUUAAUCACAGAGCGUUUCUUAACAGCGCGUUCUUAAACACACGAUUGGUAAAAAAUAAAUAGCAGCGACGUCCUUGGUUUGAAACUGACACUCAAAAUGAAAACCGGUAACACUUUUCUGCGACUUUUUUUUUGUGUUUUUGGCUUUGGCGGUACCAAUAAGCCAGCCUAGUUUAUAAGUAAGAUUUCUAUUAAAUUUCAAAUUUCAAUUUUAUUUUGUUGUAGAAACUGGUAUAUGUAUAAAUAUAUCGAAAUAUUUUUGGAUUCUAAAAGAAGAAACAAUGUUGUAGGGAAAGUGACAUUACAUUUUUGUAGAUUUGUGUAGAAUUCAUUUCUAAAAGUCGAGUGAUUGCUACACUCCAACAUAAGGUGUUGCAUUGAACCUUCACUACCACACAAACAUAUUGGAGUGUCUGCUAAUUUUAUUUUAUGUAGAUGUGUAGGGAAUCUGCCAUGAUUGGCUCUCAAUCGACAAAUGGUUGCAAUAAAAGGCCUGCUGGAGAUAUUUUUAUACCAUGGUUGUUGAGGUAAGUUUGGUUCUAAUUGUUAAAUUUUCUACAACAACUGAGAUAGUAAGUAACUGUUCGCGUAAAAUUAUGCCAAAAAUUUCGCAAUGAUGCGUAAUAUUAAAAAAUUCAUAUAGUCACGCACCGCAGUGUCUGUACUUAUGCAUUUAUUUCGAGGCAAAUAGAACAUAUUCAAGGUUUGUGAAUUAUAUUAAAGGCUACGUGCAAAUUAUUAUGUAUUCAAUUCAAUUCAAUUAAUAAAUGUUAAAUGAAAAGAAAUAAGCUUGAAAUACGUAAAUAAUGAAUAUGAUUGUGGAAUAAUUUUAUGUUUAGCACGCAUGAACAACGGCGCUUGUACUCUCUCUCGCUGUAGAUGCUCGGUUGUGUGUUCAAAUGUAGAGCUCAAGAGUAAGCAAUGCCAUUGCUCACUUGUACUGAAAAUAACUUAGCAUAACCGAAUUCUGUGUACAAUAACAAGAUCACGCAUUUUCAUGCAAUCAGACAUGCUAGAUUACUAGACUAUAGAGACAAUGAAGUAAUUUUGAAGUAAGCAUUGCAAUAAUUGUUGUCAGUGACAAUCUGAAGCAAUUUUUUAGCUAUUUCUAGUAAUUCGCACAAUGAGCGAUAUAAAACACGUACGAAUCACUUUGUGUGGUUACAAAGGCAUCGUGCCAACGUAUUCAAUUGCCGACGUAAACGUGCAGGCCCACUUCUUGGGCACGGAUUUGGGCACUUCUACAAAAGCCGCUUUAACCGACGACGAGUACUGUGCCACAAGUUUUGAUUUUGUCAUACCGUGCGACGUGAACUCCGCGAAGAGUUUGGAUGAUCUGAUCUCUAACCCGCUACAAUUUAAAGUUUAUGAACACCCCGGUAGGGGAGAUAAAAAAAUAAUGGACCAACUUCCUGCGCGUUUAUCGCAAGACGCUUUGGCGACAUCGUCCGAAACCACCAUUAAUUUGAUAGAGGUGUUUGCGAAAAGGACCUUCGAUAGGAGCGCUUUUGUUACACCUGAAUGUUACCAAUCACCUAGAGGCAGUAAAAGUGAAAAAUCUGAGACCCCAUUCCCAGCUGGACCAAUUCUGUUAGGAAGUGCACAGUUAGACUUUUUGCCACUAUUUCAAGGCAGGGAAAUAUUUACCCAAAGCUUGCUAAUUCAUAAAAGUGAACAGCCUUAUGACGAUGAUAUGGUUCCCGUGAAUCUGAUGCCGUGUUUAAUGGUUGAAGUAAAUAUAGAAGGAGAUGGUUGGCUUCCUCGAAAGUACACGAACAUUCUUAGUGUAACAAUUGAGUCCAUUUACAAUCUUCCUAAUGUAAUGUCUGCCGAUAUGGACUACUCAGUCAGUGUUAAUAUACCAAACGCGCAUUCGGAACAGGAACAUGUUGUAAUUCAUGGUGGUACGUGGAAAACUGGUACAAAUAUGUGCAAUAUGAAGCUAUGGCCCAAAGGGCACGAUCCCGAAGUCAAUAGAGAGACUUGCUACAGAAUGGCUGAUACAGUUGAUACGAUCCAUAACAAGAUAAACGCAAAUUUGGAAAAAGUAGCUAAUCCUGGUAGUGAUCCCAGGGUGGAGUUCAACGUCAUAAAGAGAAAUUACCUCAUGGAGCAAGCCUCGCGAUUGUUCCGGAAAAAUUUGAAAGACUACCGCCAUCUGCCCCUCGAAGUCUUCAUCUCCAGGCCCGGCAUGCCUAAGGAUGCCGCAAACUCCUUACAUUUGAUGGCGAACGUAGACUUAUCCACAUUACUUUAUCCUGGGGUGUCGAGAUGUCGCGCUUCCUGCGGCCUGCGCACUUUUCACAAGAAGGAAAUAUUACAGAGGACCGGACUUCAAUCGUCGUACUUUGCGCCGGAUGUUAAUGUUGGAAAAUGUGCGACGCCCGUGGUGGAUAAGAAGGGCGGGAAAGCGAAAGACGAUAAGUCCAAAGCUUCGAAAAGUGACAAGGGGGCCAGUUCAAAAGUACAGGAUUUAAAACAGCUGCUCCCUUCACCUGUAGUGGUCGAAGAACCACCGAGCGUUCUCGUUUACGGUAAUCAACAAGGUGAAAGGACGUUUAUUGUGGUUGAAAUCGAACUACAGAAGCCGCUGGAAAUGCAAAGACCAAUUGAAGAUCUGACCGUCGAUUUGAUAAAUUUAUUACCACCACGCCCCAUGCUCUCCAAGCAUGUCAUAUCUGCGCGUUUGGCUGUUAAGCAAUACAGAGAUGGGAUUAAGCAAUUAACGGAAGAUAUUUUGAGUCAGCAUGAUAAAUUUCUGGUGGAUAUGGCGGCCUGCCCUUGUGUGCAAUUUGGCAUACGCGAUACCAAAAACGCCUUCCUGACCUUUCUGCAAAAGAAUGGCAUUUAUCAAACGUAUCUAUCGUCGUUUACGAAAAUCGCAUGUGUGGCAAUUAAGGAGAAAUUUCCGUACGUUGAGGAAACCAAUCCCAAUAAUAAAGAUUAUCAGAAUUACAUUGGGGAAGUUUUUUCUUCGCUCACCAAAGAAUCGCACGAUAUGAUAAAUCUACUCAGCAAGUCCGGCGUCGAACCCAAAGCAACGACUAUCAUGCCAAAGGAGGAGGAUCUCUUCCUUUUAUACGGGGAGGAAGCGUGUGAAAUUGGCGCGAUUUUACUCGCCGACCGAUACUUCCUGGAGAGGGUCUGCCAGGCCAAGAAGAAGGCCACGUCGUGGUUUGAUUACGCCGUUUUUUAUUUGAAAACCGGAGACGAAGAAAAGGCGUUCGAGUGCGUGAGGCGUAGCUUGUUGGAGAAUGAGAAAUUUAAAUAUAGUCUCUUGAUGUUUGCCCUUCUUCUUUGUGGCAGAAAUAAAAAAGAAGAAGCAGAAACUUGUUUCCUAACGGCAAUGUUCUUCCAUCCUACGUGGUUGGAAGGUUGGGUUACAAUGCAUUUAUUUUAUUCUCACAUUGGAAACUCGGAAGGAGCAGAUUUAUGCUUAGAAAUGGCUCAUAAGUAUAUGAACACCCCUAAGUCCAACGACUACUUUACUAACCGCGAUAACUUAAUCUGGACUACAUCCAUUUGUCCAAAUGAGUUAUUUUUCAGGACCGCGGCGCUUUUAAUUAAAAUGUAUUUCUUUGAGUUCGCAGAAAAAUCUUUGACACAUACCAAGAACGGCAAUCGGGGAGUCUACCACUAUUUACUAGGAGUCAUUCAGUAUUAUCGCAAGAAUUACGAGCACGCCCUAGUUCAUGCGAAGGAAGCGGAACAGCUACAUGGACCUGAUUAUGCAGUCAAUGCGCUUGCCGGCCACUGCUACUUAGCCCUGGACAAAUUGGCGGACGCAAAAAACGAGUAUAUGGGCGUGUUGGAGUCGUUCGACAGACCGGACGACAUCCACCUGGUGUUCGUGUAUCUAGCACUAAUCAGCGAAAGAACCGGCGACAAGCAAUUCGCGAAGAAGAUGCUUCUGUCGGCGUGCAAAUAUAGUCCUACACCCUACACGUGGCUGGGCGUCGGUCUGAUUUACUACUCCCAAAAGGACCUAAUCAGCGCUGAACAGUGCCUUUUGCAAGCGAACGUUUGCGAUAACCGUUUGCCUGAAGUUUGGGGUUACUUGGCCCUUAUAAAUUUGGAACUGGCCCGAUACAGCGAAGCCGAGCUGUGUUACAAACAGACGAAGAAGAACAAGAUUGUCAAUGAAGAGCUUGUCAAAAAAAUUGAAAAAGCAUGGACAUGGGUGAAUAAAACUCUGUACUAAGUUAUCGUAAUAUAAAAUAUAUUUUGUUCUUG